GUGAUGAAAAGUCUGCGGCAUAAAUACCUGAUCAGUUUCUACCAGGCGAUUGAGACCACGUCCCGACACUACAUCAUCAUGGAAUUGGCGCCCUGUGGUGACGUUUUGGAGUGGAUCCAGAAAUCGGGAGCAUGUUCCGAGGCCCUGGCGGGAAAAUGGUUCUCACAGCUGGCCCUGGGGAUUGCCUACCUACACAGCAAGGGCAUUGUACACAGGGACCUCAAACUCGAAAACCUGCUCCUGGACAAGCGUGAGAACAUCAAGAUCUCCGACUUCGGCUUCUCCAAGAUGGUCACCCCCCAGACACAGCCGCCCCCCACCCCUUCCUACCGCAUGAUGAGCUGCUUCUCCCACCUGAGCCAGACCUACUGUGGCAGCUUUGCCUACGCCUGCCCGGAGAUCCUGCUGGGCCUGCCCUACAACCCUUUCCUCUCGGACAUCUGGAGCAUGGGUGUCAUCCUCUACACCCUGAUGGUGGCUCACCUGCCCUUCGACGACACCAACCUCAAGAAGCUGCUGCGGGAGACCCAGAAGGAGGUGUCCUUCCCCACCCAUCUCCAGAUCUCUGAAGAAGUCAAGGAUCUGGUGCAUCGUAUCCUGCGUCCGGCUUCCAAGCGGCUCAAUAUCCUGGAUGUGCUGAAGACCAGCUGGGUGCUGAAGUACCUGGCUGAGAAGCCCACCACCGAGAUCAAAGCCCUGGAGGCCAUCUGCGGCUCCCGCCCGGCAGACGCAACAGGGGCCAAGAACACCACCCCCAGCACCAAGUCCCGCUCCCUGACCUUCAUCCCCGACAAGAAGAGGGGCGCCAGCCGCACUCGCAGCACCGGCCAGUUGAAAGGGAACAAGAACGUGGAGAAAACUAGCUGA